AAUGUGGGGACCUGUAGCUCGAUUGCAUUUGAAUCUGUCAGUUUUGACAACUCCUCACAUAUAAAAUUCCAGUAGCAUGAUUGCCCCUACAGUAUCAGAUAUUUUUAAGAAAACCGCAAAAUCACUUUUUUAUGUCGACAUAAGACACUGCUCCAACUCUUUUCGCCAAAAAGGUUACGUCGUGACAGUUCUAGAUGCCUAUUGCAAAAUCGGACGUUAUAUCGCUCUCUUGUUGAAGCAAAAUCCUUUCAUUGGGGAGCUGCGCCUCUACGAUAAGAACAACAACAUAUGUGCAGUAGCUGAGGACUUGAGUCACAUCGAUACCAGAACAAAGAUUAAAUCUUUCGGAGGAAAGGCUGUGCUAAAACAUGCCAUCACAGAUGCAGAUAUCGUUGUUGCUGUUGGUGGUUGCAAGGAAUCUCACAAAGAAACCGCCAAACAAGUGGGAAAAUUAAAGAGGUACCAAAAUCAAAACCCUUCAAUUAUUGAAAUCAAAAGUAAACAAAAAAUUGUUUUUGCGUUCUCGAAGAGCGAUUUCCAGCUCAUCCAAAAUGGUGGGUUGGUUUUGACGGCUUCGGAUGCUUCUUCCCAGUUGAUCCUAGUCAUGUUUGAUGGGGUUCAGGUCCGGGCUGCAAGCGGGCCACCCCAAAGUGGCGAUAUUGAAUACAAGAAAGCGGGACUGUACGACAGCAGGAAAAUAAUCGGAAUAACAAACGUGACUUCGAUGAGAGCGAAUAGCCAAGUUGCUGCAGCAACUGGACGCGGUGCCUCCGAAAUAGUCUGCCCAGUUGUUGGAGGCUCCAGUACAAAUUGCGUGGUGGCAGUUUUGUCGCAAGUCAGACCAAAAGAAUUGGAUUUGAAAUGUCCAGGGUCUGUGCAACAAUUGAUUGGCAACAGCGAAGAUGAUGUAUUGAAGUUAUACGCAGACUGUGGAACUGUGUGUUUAUCACCAGCGCUGGCUGUUUCUCGUUUCAUAAACACCCUGUUGAAAGCUUUCAAAGGAGAAACGAACUGUGUCGAGUGUGCUUUUGUCCGACAAACUGGCCAUAUUGGACAGUUUUUGCCGUACAUGACGUCCAUCGUAAGAUUAGGUACGACAAUCUAAAAAUAG